UUGAACUACAUAUUUUGUUGUCUGAAUUUGUUUUCAUUUAGUGUGUGAAUGAGAAGGAGAGGAAAGAAAAAUCGUGUAGGUGAUGUCAUAUUGGAAAAAGGAAAUUUCUGGGAAGGUUUUGGGAUGAGUUGAUGGUUUUAUUUUAUUUUGUAAGGGGCGAGUAGUAUAUAUAGAUGUGCUGCCACCCAUCCAAUCUUCACCAUAGAUUGCAGUUUUUUGGGGGUUGAUUAACAUGCUCCAGUUUUGGAGCUGCCCUCUCUUUCUUUCUUUGAUCUUAAAAAAGCAGUUUCAGUGUGUAUGAUCUAAGGCGUGCAGAGGGACGUUUAAGCUGCAGGGGAAACAUAUACGUGGGUAGAGAGAGUGAAGGAAGGUAGUGCAUGAACAUGACGGAUCCCAACAACUCUGCAGGCGCUUGCUUCUUCAGAAUUGAUCCAUGUCGGGUUCAUUAAUACUGGAGAAUGCGAGCAGCUGUUUUGAUGUUGAGGCGCAGCAAUCACUUCUGCGGUCCACCACUACUGCCGUCCCACAACCGGAUACAUUCAUAUCCAACACUUCUACUACUACUUUUAUGAGCGUAAUUUUGCUGCUUCGUUCCGUCGAAAUAUUCAAAAGAGCUCUUUUUGACCCUCCUAAUUAUAUUACUUCUUCUACUUCACUCUCAUCAAUCUCACCUACUCAUCACACUCUACUACCUCAUCACCAGGAUUCAGCAACAGUAUCAGCAGCUCUUGAUAUUUCGGCAGAUCCAACUGAUGAGGACAUAUUAUUAAGCGCCCAUGAUUCGGCAUCUGAUGAACAUCAGAACAACGUCGAGCUUCAACAAAUCCAAAGGAAUAAUAUUACUGAAAUUGUAAAGAAUGAGGAUCUACAGGGCCUUCAGGAUAUUGGAGGAGUUAGAGGAGCUGCAGAAGCACUAAACACUGAUCUACAAAACGGGAUUUCUAGUCGCCAAGACAUCAGCUCGCGCAAGCCCUGCCAACUAUGUCAAGUUCUCGUCACUUUCUUCCAUUCAUUUCUAGGAUCUUGCAAUAAUUACACGGUAUUCCUCCUCUCUUCUGCUGCAUUCUUGUCCCUAGGCUUUGGAAUCAAAGAGGAAGGCUUGAACACUGGUUGGUACAAUGGCGCAAUUUUGAUGUUCUACGUCUUCCUACUUGUCAUCCUUACAACUAUACACAAGUGCCUGGAAUCGAUUUCACAGAAGAAGUUGGAGAGUUCUUGGCAGUCGAGAGGGAGGAAGAGACAAGUGCUAGUUGUUAGAGAGGGGCGCGAUCAGUUUGUUCAUGAAAUUGAUCUUCAGGUAGGUGACGUAGCAUUUCUGCGAAAAGGAGAUACGGCUGGAACUGGAAGGAUCGAUCAAAUCGACAACCAUUAAUGAUCAAAACCCGUUUUUGUUUUAUGGUUGCAGAGUGGUCAAUGGAGAUGCUCGGAUUCUCGUCACGUCUACGGGCAUGGAUACAGUGUGGGGCGACAGGAUGAGCCAAGCAAUGCAGUAUGCAGAUAAUAAGUGCAAAUUUGAAACUUACCUUCAUAAGUUGAACAACUGUAUUCAUAUUUCUGGCCUCCUUAUUUCCAUCCUCAUCAUCAUCGUGCUGUUUCUCCGCUAUACAGCAGGAAAGUUGGAUGAUGAGAGGAGAUUCCGACCAGAUACAAAGGGAGAACCUACCCCUGUGCGAACGUUUGUGCAUGUCUUCAGGGGAAUCUUCACAGGAUCAAGAGGGACAGUCAGAGUUUUGACAACCUUAUUAAGUCUGUCAUUGCUGGGUGUAAUGGAAGGUAUGGGCUUUGUCAUUGCGGUUGCAGCCAUUAUUUGGAGUCGGAGAACACUAGCACACAGGGCCACGGAGAGAGAUUAUCAAGCUUGUCUUAAGAUGGCCUGUGUCACAACUAUUUGCACUGAUAAAUUUGGAGGGCUGACGGAGCACGAACAGGAAAUCGACAAGUUUUAUGUUGGUGAAGAAUUUAUCAGUGAAAGCUCGGCGUUGGCGUCCAAUGUUCUUGAAGGCUUAUCUGAUGGGAUUGGCACACUGUUCCUGAUAAACCCAAGUGCUUGUGAGUCAGAGUUUGUACCUCUGAUGUCGUGGGCUGAGGCGAAGUUGGGCAUGAAAAGAGAAUCUGUGAUUCAGCAAUGUGAAAUGAUAGAACACAGUGGGUGCAACCCUUUGCAAGAAUGUUGUCGAGUACUGAUUGUGAAAAAUGGAAAACGAUACUUGCAUUGUAAAGGACCUCCACAACAUCUAUUGUCCUCAUGUUCAUAUCACUAUGACAUUGACGGAAAAAUACAAGUAUUAGAUGGAAUAAAAAGGAGAACGCUUGCGCAAGCCAUUGGGUAUAUGGAAGCUGAAGCAGGAAAAGUGAUUGCAUAUGCUUGCAAAGGCGUGACAGAAUCUGAUCAUGCCUCGGUUGAACCAAACAACUUAAUCUUCUUAGCCUUGAUCAGUCUAAAAGGAACAAUGAGGGAAGAUACAAAACGAGCAGUCUUAACUUUGAUGGAAGGUGGAAUUAGAACUAUUCUUGCAUCACGAGAUGACAUUGCCGUACUUAGAACCAUUGGCGAAGACUGUGGGCUGCUCAAUCCUAACUCGGAGGAUCUGGUGCUCACAGCUGAGGAAUUUAGAGGCUGGCCUGAAGAAGAGAAAAUGGACAAGGUAGAAAAAAUUCGCAUUAUGGGGAACUGCCUUCCAUCUGACAAGAUUCUUCUCAUUAAGUGUUUACAAGAAAAAGACCAAGUGGUGGCGCUCCUGGCACAGCAAACAAUUGAUGCUCCUGCUCUGAAACAAGCUAAUAUUGGGCUCACAUAUGGGACUUGGAGCUCAGAAAUUGCUAGAGAGUGCAGCGACAUAAGCAUCUGGGAUAGUAAUUGCUUUGGCUUUCUAGUAAACGUAGUAGAGAAUGGGAGAUGUUUUCAGGAGAACAUUAGAAACUUCAUCCAACUAGAGCUAAUUAUAACCAUUUCAAGCUCACUGAUCAAUUUUACCGCAACUGUGAUUCUGGGGGACGCCCCAAUAACAGCAGUCCAGCUGUUCUGGUUGAAUCUGGUUGUUGCAUUUGCCGGAGGGUUAGCAGUACUGACAGGUCCACCGAAGAAAAUACUAAUGACAAGGCUGCUGCCGGUGAAAUCAUCUGCAACUGCAAGACUGAUAAGUAAGGCGAUGUGGAGGAACAUAGCCGUUCAAGCUUCUUACCAGACCAGUAUCUUUGUGACCCUUCAGCACAAAGGACAUAUAAUCCUAGGAACAAGCGGAGGACAUCUUAAGUCAUUGAUAUACAAUGGAUUGUUCCUCUGCCAAAUGUUCAACAAAUUCAUCGCUAGAGAGCCUGAAAAGAAGAAUAUCUUCAGCGGUCUAUUUCAGUACUACAAUCGGUGGUUUUGGGUGGCCGUGGUUGUAUUCUUAGUUUGCCAGGCAGUUUACGCCGUGGCAGAGACAGUUCUUGGCAGCAGUCCAAGGCUGAGCAUGAAGUUGUGGGGCGUUUGCAUACUCGUGGGACUGGUUUCCUGGGUGCUAGAUUGUGCAGGGAAAAGUUUGUCCAACUUUGCUGCCAACCUCUGAGGUCUUGUAAUCUAGUUUUCUAGUCUUUGUAUUUCUUAUUGUUCAGAGAUAUAGUCUCCAUCUCUCUCUAUUAAUGUUUCCAUUCUAUUACAGUUAACUUAUUUGGGAGCACCGGAAACUCUGUCCAAACCCAACUCGAUGGAACGUGAGCCAAUCAUAUGUCAGGUGUAAUUACUUGUUGCGGACCUGGCUCGGCCAAGAAUUCCUUAGGAGCACACUAUGUAAUAUAACAUAUUUUCUGCAAUUUCACCCACA